AUGAGUUUAAUAACAAAUAAGUGCAGAAUUCGUGCCAUAAAUCAGUCCCUAUAUCGGGUGCUAUCAGCGCACCGGCAGUCUGUGGAUCAGCGCCGGACUUAUCGUAAUUAUAACGAAGCCUUCAUUGGCAGACAUAUCGGCCCUCGAGAUGCGGACAAGAAAGUCAUGUUAGAGACGCUCGGAUUCAAGAACAUCGAGGAACUAAUAUCAGCGACAAUACCACAGAAUAUUCGUCUGACUCGUGAUCUGAAGCUAACGAAUCCAAUGUGUGAAACAGAUAUCUUAAAGCGCUUGCAAUCAAUCGCCGAUUUAAAUAACAUUAAGUGGAGAACAUUCAUGGGAAUGGGUUAUUAUAAUUGUGUGACUCCGACACCCAUAUUACGAAACAUAUUUGAAAAUCCAGGUUGGACGACGCCAUACACCCCCUAUCAGGCAGAGAUAGCACAGGGAAGGCUGGAAUCGCUGCUUAAUUAUCAGACAAUGAUCUGUGAAUUAACCGCUUUAGACAUAACCAAUGCUAGUCUUCUGGAUGAGGGAACGGCUGCCGCGGAGGCGAUGCAGAUGUGCUUUAGGCAUCACAAAGAAAAGCGGAACAAAUUCCUGGUCUCCAACAACGCUCACCCACAGACUAUGGCCAUCGUUAAGACCAGAGCCCAUGCCCUCGACAUCCAAGUGGACGCCUUUGACGGCACUAAAGAUGUCUUCGACGGCCGAACCAAAUUGGGAGAUCUGUUUGAUUUGUCGCAGUAUUGCGGUGUUUUAGUCAACUUUCCCGACACCAACGGCAAUGUGGAUAAUCUGACGUCAAUUGUGGAGCAGUCCAAAGCCAAGGAGUGUAUUGUCGUCGUAGCCACGGAUCUGUUAGCGUUGACCAUGAUUAAACCUCCGGGUGAAUAUGGACCUGGAUGUGAUAUAGCUAUCGGUACUGCACAACGGUUUGGCAUUCCUUUGAAUUAUGGCGGCCCUCACGCAGCCUUCCUGGCCUGUCGUGACUACUUAACCCGACUCAUACCCGGGAGGGUCGUGGGGCUCACCAAAGAUGCUCAGGGAAACCAAGCACUUAGACUCGCAUUACAGACAAGGGAACAGCAUAUCCGUAGAGAUAAGGCCACUUCCAACAUAUGUACGGCUCAGGCAUUGCUGGCCAACAUGAGCGCCAUGUAUGCCAUAUAUCACGGACCCAAAGGACUAAAAGAUAUCGCAAAACUAAUACACGAAAAGACAUUAUAUUUGGCCCGAAAAAUAGCUGAGAACGAGGAUAAUAGAGUGGUUACUUAUAUGCCUUUCGAUACAUUGAAAGUGGUGGUCAAACACCAGAAGUAUAUUAGAUCCAAAGCCGAGGCCAGACAUAUCAAUCUGAGAUACUAUCCCGACGGCAAACAUGUGGGCGUCUCAUUGGAUGAGACGGUCACCGAUCAGGACUUAAAGGACUUGGUCUGGAUUUUUGGGGCACACGAAGAGUACGAAAAAACUGGAGAAAUUAAGUUUGAGGACGAUUUGCUGGAAAAUGGCAUCGAAUCGACACCAUUGGGACGGAAGUCCGAGUUUCUCACUCAUCCCCUGUUCAACACAUAUCACAGCGAAAUGAAACUCGUGAGGUAUAUGAAGAGGUUGGAGAACAAAGACAUCUCUUUAGUUCAUUCAAUGAUACCAUUGGGCUCGUGUACAAUGAAACUGAACGCCACGACAGAGAUGAUCCCGUCCUCGUGGCCGCACUUCGCGAGUCUCCAUCCAUACCAACCGCCCUCUCAGACCAAAGGCUAUCAGUUGAUGAUCAAUGAGUUGGAGAAUGAUUUGUGUCAACUGACCGGUUAUGAUAACGUCUCCUUUCAGCCCAAUUCCGGGGCUCAGGGAGAGUACGCCGGCCUCAGAGUCAUCAAAUCGUACCUGGAGUAUCAAAAUGAAGGGCACCGGGAUAUUUGUCUGAUCCCAGUGUCAGCUCACGGCACAAACCCUGCCAGCGCUCACAUGGCAGGCAUGAGAGUGGAGGCAAUACUCGUCCAAAAAGAUGGCAAAAUUGAUAUAAAUUACCUCAAAGAGAAGCUAUCGAAGUUUUCGGACCGCAUCGCCUGCCUAAUGGUUACAUACCCGUCCACUUUCGGUGUCUUUGAAGAGUCUAUUAUGGAAAUCUGUGAUCUCAUACACUCAUGUGGUUCGGCACAAGUCUAUUUGGACGGCGCUAACAUGAAUGCACAGGUAGGCCUGUGUAGACCCGGCGAUUACGGCAGUGAUGUCUCUCAUCUCAAUCUCCACAAAACCUUUUGCAUCCCUCACGGCGGAGGCGGACCUGGAAUGGGACCCAUAGCUGUUAAGAAACACUGUAUUAUUACAUCUCAAUACAUGAUAUAUCGAUAUCUAAUUCAAAUUAUGCUCUUAAUUAUACCUCUAAUCGUAACCUUUGUUCAUCACAAUCACUUCGGCACAGUGUCGGCCGCGCCCUGGGGUUCAGCAGCUAUACUGCCAAUCAGUUGGGCAUACAUUAAGCUCAUGGGUGGACAGGGAUUACGACAUGCGUCUGAAGUGGCGAUACUUAACGCUAAUUAUAUGUCUGUGAAACUGAAAGACGCGUACAAAGUGUUGUACAGAGGAGUGAACGGAACGGUCGCUCAUGAGUUCAUAUUAGAUGUCAGGGACUUCAAGAAGACGGCCGGUGUUGAGGCCAUGGAUAUCGCCAAACGACUGCAGGACUACGGCUUCCACGCGCCCACCGUCUCGUUCCCAGUGGCCAACACUCUGAUGAUAGAGCCCACGGAGUCUGAGGACAAGCAAGAGUUGGACCGAUUCUGUGACGCCAUGAUUCGGAUCAGGUCUGAGAUCAGAGACAUCGAGACCGGACUUAUGGACAGAAAAGUCAAUCCAUUGAAAUGCGCACCUCAUACUCAACGAGUGAUCUGUUCGUCCGAUUGGAACCGACCCUACACUCGAGAAAUGGCUGCCUUUCCCGCUAGUUAUAUAAAACCGGAGACUAAGAUGUGGCCAACAGUUGGACGCAUUGAUGACAUCUAUGGCGACACUCACCUCUUCUGUACGUGUCCUCCAGUCACGGAUCAGUUGUACUGAUAGUUGCAUUCAAUGUAUAUAAAUAUUUUUGAUAAUAAAUUCUUUAACUUUAGAUAAUA